ACCCCGCCCUUGCGCGAGCACAAGCACCUGCGCGCCCCUCCCUCGGCCCGCCCUCCCCUCCCCCGCUGGGAGUGUCCAGGGGCCGCGCCCGCUGCGGGCGCUCUGCGAGGGACGUGGCUGGGAUCAGCCGGGGACUGAGCGCCCAGAGGCCGGGAGCCGAAGCCAUGCGGGCCCGGCGGCGGCGUGUCUUCGCCGUGGAGCCGCUGGACGGUCGGGAUGGAGCCGCCGAGGCCCUGGCACGUGGUUGUGUGGUACCCGGCACCACCAGCACCUACAGGCGAAUCCCCGAGGCUACUCUUGCCCCCGCCCCCUUCUCCGACUCCCAGAAGGGACAUGGUGAUAUGAGAGAGUUCAGGAGGCAGGUGCCUGUUCUCAAGGUGGCCUCACGGGACUCAGGAGUGGAGAUGGCCGUAGGGGAUGGCUCCCUGGCCACCUUAGCCGGAUUGUCUCAGGACUCGCUGCGCUGGGAGCCCAUGGGGAGCCCCGAGCCCCCUGGCCGGCUCAGCAGGUUCCUGGCCAGCCACAAGCUGGAGCAGGUGCUGGAGCGCUCCCAUCACCUCCCGCCCUCGUCGCCUGCUCCUGUCAGCUCGUGGGAAAGGCAGCCUGGUGUGUUGCAGCCAGCUGGCAGGCCUGAGAGUGAAAUGCGCCUCUGUCGAGCAGAAGGGUGCCUGGAGGCAGAAACCCACCUAGAGGCAGGAGCGGAAGAAGCAGAGGUGGCGGGGGACUUGGGGCCUGGUACCUGGGCCUGCCUCCCAGGGCAGGGUCUCCGCUACCUGGAACACCUGUGCCUGGUUCUGGAACAGAUGGCAAGACUGCAGCAGCUUUAUCUGCAGCUGUGGACCCAACGGCUGCCUGGGGAUUCGCUGGAGGAAGAGUCUGCUUUGGCGGUUCUGCCUUCACCCUCCGCCUCACCAGACCUGGGCAGCGGGGUGCGGGGGCGAUGGGAGCUGCUAAGCCACACACAGGAGGCAGAAGGGGCAGAGGUUACUGUAUCUCCCAGGCUGGGGGAGACAGGAGCCCACCCUCCCAGGUUGUCAGAGCCUCCCAUGGAGCCAACUCCUGACUUCUCAGCCUCCCAAGGAUGCAAGCGAGAUGUCUCCCAAUGGGACAAGGUCAAGGUCUUGCUCAACCGGAUCCGCUGGAGGACCCCUCGGCACACGGAGCCGCCUGCCCUGCCUGGAGGUUCAAGCUCUAGGACGGAGCCCAGGGACUCCCCCAAAAGGCCUCAGUGUCAUAUCCAUCGGAGAACCUUUAUGCCAUCAUUAACCGUUAAGAAGCAACGAGCCAAAAAUGUUUCCGUACGCUGAGCCCACCUGGUACACCCGGUGAUCCUGGGUGGCGGGGAGGAGUCGGGGAGGCCCUGGGCACCUGGCUGCCGCGUUGUCUGCAACACCAACAGAAGCUGCAGCCGCGCUCAGAGACUGGU